AUGGCAAUCAAAUCUACACUCCUCUCAUGUGGCCUGCUGCUGCUGCAGGCCACCAUCCCUUCACUUUUGCCGGGUGUCAGUGCCCAGAGCGACCAGAUCCUCCUGGGCCAGGAAGGAUCAACGUUCGGUCCGAGUGGAAAGGGACCCAACAUCGUUUUCAUCCUGACUGAUGACCAGGACUUACACAUGGACUCCUUAGACUACUUGCCUCUCAUCAAGAAGCACCUCACUGAUCAAGGCACACUCUUCAAGAAGCACUUUUGCACGACAGCAAUUUGCUGUCCUGCUCGAGUGACCCUCUGGACUGGAAAGCUUGCUCAUAAUACCAAUGUUACCGACGUUUCGCCUCCUCACGGCGGAUUCCCCAAGUUCGUCGCGCAGGGUCUCAAUGACCACUACUUGCCCACCUUCCUCCAAGAUCAGGGAUAUGCGACGUAUUAUACGGGCAAGCUCUUCAAUGCUCACGACGUCAACAACUACAACAACCCGUAUCCAGCGGCAUGGACUGGCUCCGACUUCCUUCUCGAUCCGUUCACGUAUAUGUACCUUAAUGCCACCUUCCAGCGCAACCAGGAUCCGCCGGUGAGCUACGAAGGCCAAUACAGCACGGAUGUCCUUGCCGGCAAAGCUCUGGGCUUUCUAGAUGAGGCCGUGGCUGGCGGCAAGCCGUUCUUCCUCGGAAUCGCACCUGUAGCGCCUCAUUCAAAUGUUAAUUUGGGCAAGUUGGUCAACGAAAACGACUCCUUCUCUCUUCCCAUUGACCAACCCGAUGUAUCUGCCUACUUUUCACCACCCAUUCCCGCUGAGCGCCACGCUCACUUGUUCCCUGACGCCGUCGUUCCCCGAAGGGCCAACUUCAAUCCCGACUUCCCGUCCGGCGCCAACUGGAUCUAUCAGCAGCCAAAGCAGAGCCCGGAGAACGUCGCCUUCAACGACCACUACUACCGUAGUCGAUUGAGGGCUCUCCAAGCCGUUGACGAGCUCGUCGACUCCGUCGUCGAGAAGCUUGACGCCCACGGUAUCUUGGACGAUACGUACAUCUUUUACACAACUGAUAAUGGCUUCCAUAUUGGCUACCACCGGCUGCAGCCCGGAAAGGAGUGCGGCUUCGAAGAAGACAUUAACAUUCCUUUAAUCGUCCGCGGACCCGGAGUCCCCAAGGGCCAAGUAUCCGAGAUUGUGACUCAGCACGCCGAUUUGACGCCCACCAUCGUCAAACUAGCCCAAGGACCCUCCCGUGCCGACUUUGACGGCAUCCCCAUCCCCCUUACGGAGGAGGGACUUACUGACGCAGCCAAGACUCGCCAUGAUCACAUUGGGGUAGAAUUCUGGGGAAUUGCUGCCGCGGAAGGCAAAUUCGGCUUCUUUGGGCGUAACCAAUCCCUCGUCCUGAACAACACAUACAAGGCGAUUCGUAUCGUGUCGGAGGAGUAUAAUCUGUACUACUCUGUGUGGUGCACGAACGAGCAUGAGCUCUAUGACUUGAAUACGGAUCCCGAACAAAUACAAAACCUGCUCAGGCCUGACUCCAAGGUGACAACUCUCUUGGGCUUGCCAAUCGGCAAAAUCGUAGCUCGCCUCGACUCGCUACUCCUCGUCACCAAGUCCUGCAAGGGCAUCACCUGCUCCAAGCCGUGGGAUGCGCUUCACCCGCAGGGCAACGUCGCGUCUCUCUGGGACGCGCUUUCGCCGCGCUUUGAUACCUUUUACGAGAAGCAGCAGGCGAAGGUCUCUUACUCUCGUUUCCAGAUCGAAGGCGCCUGGAACCAAGGAGGCAAAGGCCAAUCGAUAUGGGACACGUUUUGUCACAGCCCCGGACGUAUCAAGGACAACAGCACCGCUGACGAUGCAUGUUUAUCGUACCAGCUCCAUGAGCAAGACAUCGCUCGCAUGAAGGAAUACGGAGUCACUGCCUACCGCUUCUCCCUGUCUUGGUCGCGCAUCAUCCCGCUCGGUGGAAAGGACGACCCAGUAAAUGAAGAAGGAAUCGCAUUCUACAAUACGCUCAUAGACACACUCUUGCGGAACGGAAUCACCCCGUUCGUUACACUAUUCCAUUGGGAUUUACCCAGCAGCCUAUACGAGCGAUAUCGUGGCAUGCUUGAUCAAGCUCAAUACGCACCAGACUUUGUUCGUUAUGCCCAAGUCUGUUUCGAGCGCUUCGGAGACAGGGUGAAGCACUGGAUCACGUACAAUGAGCCGGCAUUGGUUGCUCGUGCGGGACACGGCGAAGGCAGACACGCUCCCGGGCAUAUAAGCCCAACGGAGCCCUUCAUCGUCGCACAUACCCAGCUAGUAUCCCACGGCCACGUGUGUGCAAUGUAUAAACGUGAAUUUCAGCCAACGCAAAACGGCCACAUUAUGAUCACGCUAGACGGCGGCUGGUCUGAGCCCUGGGAUGCAGAUGACCCGCGAGACGUCGAAGCCGCGCAACGAGCAACCGAAUUCGAAAUUGCAUGGUUCGCCGACCCGCUCUUCGGAAGUGGCGAAUGCGAUUACCCGGCAUCAAUGAGAGCUCAGCUCGGCGACUGCCUGCCUCAUUUUACACCAGAGGAAAAAAUAUUAGUGCGAGGAAGCUCGGAAUUCUAUGGGAUGAACUCGUACACCUCCUACUUCGUAAAACACCGCAACGAAUCCCCCGAGGAGGGAGAUUUCCGCGGCAAUGUUAUCAGGCUUGACCAGAACAAGGCGGGAGUUGAGCGAGGGAUCGAGAGCGAUACGCCCUGGCUGCGGACUGCCCCGUGGGGUUGGGCAAACCUGCUACGAUGGAUCUGGAACCGCUAUCACGUCCCUAUCUACAUUACGGAGAAUGGAACUACGGCCAAAGGGGAGCUUGAGUUUCGACCAAGGAGCCCGGACGACAUCCUCGAGGAUCCCCACCGCAUAGAAUUUUACCGAUCUUAUCUCGCCGAGGUGGCCAAGGCGUGUCAAGAAGGAAUUAUCAUCAAAUCGUAUUUCGCCUGGUCUUUGCUGGACAAUUGGGAAUGGGCUCUAGGGUACACGGCCAGAUUCGGGGUCACUUGGGUGGAUUUUGACAGCCCCGAGAAGACUCGCCAUGCAAAGCGCUCGGCAUAUUUCCUGAAAGAUUUCUUUCAGCAUUUGAAAAGGUCUUGA